AUGUUCUAUUCGUUCGACGUGAUGGGCCUCGUUGGCUUUGGCGAAGAUUUUAAUCAACUUGAAUCUGGCGUAGAGCAUUACGCUAUCAGAGGUGUGCAUGACCAGAUCUUCAUGAUUGGGCUUUUGAAUCAGAUUCCGUGGCUAUCCUAUCCGUUGAAUGCACUCCAGCCGUUGAGUGGGGGAUUUGGCCUUUUUAAAAUCUACUGCAACAACAUGAAAUACCAGAAGUCGAACGGCGAUACACCGCGAGACGUGAUAUCAUGGCUUCUGAAAGCGCAAUUUGAGAACGAUCGAUCGGCUCCUCCUACAGCCAAAGCUCUUGCCGAGGAUGGAAAUGUCCUGAUAUUGGCCGGCAGCGACACCACUGGAAACACCCUUGCAUGUGUUAUAUACUAUCUAGUUGCCAACAAACACGUUUACAAAAAGCUUCAGCAGCAACUUGAUGAUAUUUUCCCAAGCCGUGAAAGAUCCUACAAAUAUGCCGAAGUUCGAAGACUGUCUUAUCUUGAUGCAAUCUUGAAAGAAACCAUGCGAUUGAAGCCUGCAGUACCAAGCGGCCUACCUCGUGUCACUCCACCGGAAGGCCUACAAAUAGGUGACACCUGGGUCCCCGGUGACAUCAACGUCUUGGUUCCCCAAUAUGCACUCCAAAGGGACGAUCGAUUCUUUCACAAAGCUGCUGAGUUUUUACCAGAGCGAUGGUUAGAACAGAGAGACAAUUUGAUUUUUGACGAACAAGCAUAUUUUCCGUUUCAAAUUGGCCCUCGUGGAUGUGUUGGCAAGGAACUUGCGAUGAUGUCCAUGCGCAUAUUCGUAACGCAUAUUGCUAUGAAUUUUGAUAUAGCAUUUGCCCCCGGGGAAGAUGGCAGCAAAUUCGAUGCAUGUGCUCGGGAUUAUCUGGCAAUCGAUGUUGGGCCAUUACACUUGGUCUUGUCUGAACGGACACCGCUUUAG